AUGUCGUCUGCGAAACGACCCACUGUGCAGGAUGUUCGAGCACGGCAUCUCCGUACCUUGCGACUACUUUCUGUUUUAGGUCUUUCUCUCGCUAUCUUACUGGCAUUUGCGGCUUCGCAUCUCCCACUAUUUGACUCAUCACCGCUCCUCCUGGUUUCACCUGAAGAAGGCCUUCUGGCAAAGGGAACAUCCUCUUUGCUUCGCUGGGAUACGUUUCACUUCGCGCACAUUGCACAAGAGGGAUACGUCUACGAGUAUGAGUGGGCAUUCUUCCCCGGCACGCCGUUCGUCAUGCGAGCCUUCGGCGAACUCUUGCGCCGCCUGCGGGCGGACAGCAAGCUGACAAUCGCCCACCUGCUGGCCGGCGGAGGUCUCGCAUCGCUACUAUGUGGGACUACGACCACACUGUACGACUUAACGAUGCACUGCUUCAACUCGCCGUCGGUAGCGUACCUGACUUGUCUACUGUCGCUGCUCCCGAGUAGUCCGGCUACUUUGCGCUUUUCGGCGUCUACGGAGCCGUUCUUCACUUAUUUCUCGUAUAGAGGGAUGCUGUGUUGUGCUAGGUCCGAGUGGCUGCAUGCAUCGUUGUUCUUCGCCGUGGCGUCAACGUUCCGCUCGAACGGCUUCAUGCUCGGAGGGUACAUCCUCUGGGGCCUGUUUGUCGGCCCAUUCUUUGGUAGACAAAGUGCAAGUCGCAUAUCCUUGUACCGUCUUACAAAGGCUGGGUUUCUCACCAGCCUAGUGUUCACGCCUUUCUUAUACCACCAGUAUAAUGCAUACCUCACCUUCUGCGCUGGCGAAAACGUCGGUGAUACACCGCCCUGGUGCUCCUCGACGCUACCCUUCAUAUACAGCUAUGUCCAGGAAAAGUACUGGAACGUGGGCUUCCUGCGCUACUGGACACCCUCACAAGCGCCGAACAUUUUGCUCGCUACGCCCGUUCUCGGCGUGCUGCUCACAUUUUGCGUCAAACAUACGCUCAACACCACGAUUCCACUUAUUCUAUCCCAUCCCUUAUUCUCGCCCCUUUCAAGGUUAUUCCCGGCUUCUCUCCGAAUAGCGCGUUCGACCCCGUCGUUCCUGUCGAAUAAGGACAUCGUCCCCCACGCUCUGCACGCGCUCGUACUGGGCCUCGUCCUCCUCUUUGCCGCGCACACGCAAAUCGCUCUCCGUCUCGCGGCGUCGUUGCCGACGACGUAUUGGGCCGCAGCAUGGCUCGUGGUCGAACAUCCCCGUGCGGGAAAGUGGUGGGUAGCCUGGAGCGUAGUCUGGGGUGCGAUAUCAAUCGUGUUGUGGGCCGUUUUUCUGCCCCCUGCUUGA